GGCUGCAGAAGAGGCAGAAGAAGAGGGGGGGGCGCUGGGGCCGCGCCGUGGGACCCCGACUGCUGCUGGAGGCCUGCCAGGAGAUCGUGGGGGGCGCCGUGGACCUGAGCAGCUGGCGGGCGCGGCUGGAGCGGGCGGAGCAGCGCCCCGAGGAUGAGGAGGAUGAAGAGGAGGAGGAGGAGGAGGAGCCCCCGCGGGGGGAUGAAGAUGAGGAGGAGGAGGGGGCGGGGCCUGGGGGCGUGGCCCCGCCCCGGCAGUGGGAGCGCUACCGGCACGGCGUGCUGACCCUGGGCUGCGUGGGGCUGCCGAACGCAGGGAAAUCGUCGGUGCUGAACGCGCUGCUGGGCCGCGGCGCCGUGGCCGUGUCGCGCUGCCCCGGCCGCACGCGCUACUUCCAGACGCACUUCCUGACGGGCAGCGUGCGCCUCUGCGACUGCCCCGGCCUCGUCUUCCCGUCCCGCGCCCCGCCCACCUGCCGGGACCUGUUGGGACCUGCCAGGACCUGCAGGGGCCUGCCGGGACCUGCCAGGACCUGCCGGGACCAGCCAGGACCUGCAGGGGCCUGCCAGGACCUGCCGGGGUCUGCCAGGACCUGCCGGGACCUGCCAGGACCUGCAGGGGCCUGCUGGGACCUGCCAGGGCCUGCCAGGACCUGCCGGGACCUGCCAGGACGUUCAGGG